AAUUGCGAAUUAAUUUUUAGAGCAUAAAAAAAACAAUGUAAAAACUGAAAUAAAUGUUUGUAAAGAUUUUCGAUCGAUUUUGAAUAAAGAAUAAUUGGCUUGUUUCACCAACCUGGCAAUGUGCCGACAGAAAUUACUUCCAAUGUGCACAACAAAGUUAAAUAAACGGUUUCCGAGUCACAUGGAUAUAAAAGUGAUCAUUUUUUGUUUGAAAAAGCUGGAUGCUCGAAUGUUUUAUCGAUUGCUUCACAGCCAGGGGAUAUAACUUUGUCAGGAGAGAGAAAUUAUAUAACUAUAACUCACCGAGAAAGCGUAGCUCCCUCUGGAUUUGGCGUUUUAUACGGGACGGUGAAUUGUGAGGAGACUCAUUGCAUUUUCCGUUAUUCGAGACAAAAAUAUGUCUAGCAACAAAGAAUGGUACAUCUACGGGACCAUCCUGGAUUGUUGAAAAAUGUAUCGGUAUAUAAGCACUCAAAAUCGUCUUGCGCGUCGUCCACUUGCAUGCACCGGAAAACGAAAUAACUUCGUUGCUUAGUUGUCCACUUGUAAAGCAGUGCGCACUCGUUUGUUUCUGUUCAACGAGAUACAAUGUAUAACAAUCGCGAGAAAUAAAAAAAAAACUGUACCAUGCUGUACACUUCACAUUUUGGGAUUCACUUAUUUUUCAAAAGUUCAGCAGAUUUAAACGAGAACAUGAUCUCUAUUCGUAUCACCUUUGGCUGAACUAGACGCGUAACUUCCUCAAAACCUUUUUCAAACGGCCAGAAAAAACGCGUGCAUGACCAAAGAAUAAAAAAGCGACAAAUUUACAGCAGAUUGCCACUUUCACCCUCUUGUUAGCGAUAAUAAUUUAUUAGUUUGAUAGUUUGACGGUUGGCUCUAUUCGAAACAGGACGUGGCGCUAUUACGUUCUACACUUCCACGGCGGUUAACGGAACUAAUCAGAGAAGUAUGCAUCGAUAACCGUGUUGUGCAAGAAAAACAAUAGGUUUUUUUGAAUAUUCGGAAUGUAUUUUAAUCACAAUUCGUGAAAAAUGCACUUGUCAGUGAUCAUGAAUAUUAUCGUAUUUCAAUAUUCAAUUACGGUUCGAGAUAGCAAAUCAUCGAUCAACUCGCCAAUCUCAGCUGAAAAUUCAAAUCAACCUGGCCGAUCGGUGGCGCAAUCUACAAUGUCAAAAACACAAACUUGAUCGACGUACGAAUACGAAACUCCAAUAACCCUUUGAUUUAUGAACACUAUUACCUUCAUUGGUAUUUCACAAAAAACAUGAACGUCGUAUAAUUGUUAAACCUUUAUAUUGAAGACGUCUAUAUGAUAAUAAACUGUAAAAAAACAUCUUCGUAGUUACAUCUGUCUAUAAACCUUUCAUGCUAUAUGAAUAGCAUGAUUUUAGUGCACAUGGCGACCUCCGAACGUAGCCAUAAUCAUGUGAAAUAAUUUUUUUACUGUUUACUCUCGCGGUUGAUUAAAUUUUUUUAUCUUUCAACGAUUCAAAGACAUCUAAUCAUCAUCCCACCUUAAAUUCAUGUAUAUCAAUAAUUGUGAUUGUAAAACAACUGUAUAAAUAUCGUUUUUCAUGAUUCGUGUCAAUUAUUUUCCCUGCCCUUACCAUUGUACAUUUUGAUACAGUUUAAGCGAGUAACAAUAAAUGAGUGUCACAAUGUCACGUGAAAGAAAAUAUUGAUGGAAAACGACGUAAAUACAAAGUUUUAUUAGGAAAAAAAUAACGCGUUUGUUCUACGUCCGUGAGUCAUCAUUGCGUAAUUGAAUUUGAAGUUUGAUAGGCAUAACCUCAAAAAUCGUAUCUAUGAGUUCUGACAUCAGUGUAUUGUUAUCAGGCGUGGGCUAAAAUCGCAUAGUCCUCGUAAUAGUUAUCCUGACCACGAUAAUGCCACGAGUGCAUUCAUAGAUAAUUAACCACAGAAGAUUACAGUCUUUCAAACCCAUGUAACCGUAGAGAAUCUUUAGCGAUAGCUCAGUUCCUGCUUUUCAACUUUUUGUCUUUUGAGCACACACCGCAUUAAAAAGCUCUUUGUCAACCAAGCUGUUGUUGCAGAGCCUUUCAAAAAUUUGGAUGAUCUAUACUCAAACCUGGACAACUUGAUUUUGUGGCCUGAAGUAAAGGAUCUUCGUGAAUGUACCGAAUAUGUUUACCGAGGAGAACAAGCGGAUGUGGGGACCGGGAGACUAAAGAAGUUGCACCGAGAUGGUCAGCCCAAAACGAUAAUCUGUCAUGACAUGAAAGGAGGCUACUUGGAAGACAGAUUUAUCAACGGAUCUACGGCUCACGACUCGUACCUUUUUUAUCACUGGAGCAUGAUCGAUACCUUCAUCUACUUUAGUCACAAAUUAGUAACCAUACCGCCCUACGGUUGGAUAAACGCUGCACAUAACCACGGUGUUAAAAUCCUCGGGACUUUGAUAAGUGAGGGUGCGGACGGUGUAGGCGUUUGGGAACGUGUUUUAUCCGACAGGAACGAGACGAGAAAAUUCGCCGAUGCUCUUGUACGGUUAGCAAAAUUCUACAAAUUCGAGGGUUGGUUGUUGAACGUCGAGAACGAAAUAAACGUCACUAAAAUCGACGACUUGAUCUACUUCGUCAAUUACCUGAGGGAAAGUAUUCACACGGAAAUCGAGGGGUCCGAAAUCAUUUGGUACGACAGUGUUAGCGCACAAGAUGGCAAAUUGAACUGGCAGAACGAGCUCAAUUUCCACAACGAGAGUUUUUUCGACAGUUGCGACGGAAUUUUCCUCAACUACAAUUGGUCAGACUCGAGCUUAGCAAAUAGUUUUGCGGUUGCCGAUAAAAGCAAGAGGGUUUUCGACGUCUACGUUGGUCUCGAUGUUUGGGGUCGAGGUUGUCCAGGAGGCGGGGGCUUCAACUCGGCUCAUGCUCUCGAAAGAAUCCGAAGGCAGGGUUUGUCCGUGGCGAUAUUUGCGCCGGGUUGGACUCACGAGAAUUUUGGACCGGAGACAUUUAUCAAAAUAGAAAACAUUUUUUGGUCUCAGCUCAUCCCUUACCUUUACGUCCACGUGCCGAUUUACGAUAAGGAAAUUUUUUCAACGUCUUUUUGUCGUGGUUCCGGACUUAAUUAUUAUCGCCAAGGCCAGACAGUGCCCGGAAUAACUGCCGGCAGUGGAAUUUUGCCGGGGAAUCCGUUUUACAAUCUCUCCAUCCAAAAACCACAAAUUUUAGCUCCUGGAUUACAUUCCAAAUUCACCUUCGUCGACAUUCCAACGCCGGUUGAGCCAAAGGAUAAAAACGCGCCGGUCGAAAGACCCGUGUCCACGUUCGAAACUUCCUUCGAGACGAUCAAAGUAAACGGCAAUAAAAUAAGCUUCGUUCCAAAAAUUUCGGUACCCCCAAUUAAUCAUACGGAAUCAUGCACCGAGGACUCUUACGAAGGAGGCAGCUCCUUGGAGUUAAUUUUCAACGAUAAUACGAGAUAUCAUCGGCUGUUCCUAGUUCACAUAGAUUUCGAUCAAACGAUCGAGGCGAGCUUGGUUUACAAGAAGAGGCAAACUGACAGGUGGCAGCAACAUUCGUUGAGAGACCCAAAUUUGAUACUCGGAAAUGACGGCGGAUCAAUAUUUCUAGCACCUGUCGAGACUCGCGAGCUCGAUUCCCAGUGGCGAAAAAGCAUCUAUUUCACAAACCUUCGAACAGUCAAUGAAAUCGGAGUGGCUUUAAAUGUUAUUGGAAAAUGCUGUGUCGGCGAAAUCGUCAUAGAACCGAUGAGGGAGCGACGGGAUGUACAUUCACAGCAGAGCGAAGAUUACGAGAGGACUAAUUCGUCUAGAGAUUCUUGGGAAUAUGAUGGUUAAUAAAGUCACUUAUUCUUCGACCAAUUUUAACGUGUAUGCGUAUUGAAACAUGAGAAGGAGAAGUCGAACGAAAAACCGACGCUCCCUCGCAUAAUAGCGAUCAUAUUUACAAGAUGAGAUCAGUGUUUUCCUGGGUUGGCGGGUUGGCCAAGGCGAGCCGCUACCAGCGCGCAGCGCCACGCAACGGGAAUCACAGAAAACUGCUUUACGAUCGAAAUAAAGGAAAAAACGAGACAAUUCCCUAGCUUUCUUCCUCUCGCUGUUAUUAUCGGUUCUCUAAUUUCCAAGCAAAAUCAUCCUUUUUACCCUGCGAUGUAAUAAUCUCAUCUCCGUACCUCACCCUCUAAAUUCCUCUCGUCUUGGCUGUAACGUCGCAAUUUUGCAUUCCUCGCAGCUUCUUCCUACCGCGAGAUAGGCGAAACCGGAGUCGUAAAAGUAUACUUGCCCGAGCGAAGCUCUCGGUCUCUCACUCGCGAAAGUAAAACGUGACCGCUCGUGUUACUCUCCGGAGACGACGGAGAAGUCUCCGACCCAUUAUCUCUGGUACUCACUCAAUUCGUCAUUACGAAGAAGAGAACGCCGUGGUAUGGAGACUAAUGCGACUUUACCGCGGCAGGUGGCCACGGUGAAAUUGCGCCGGCGACAAUGCGCCACGCGGACGAGAUGAAAGUGGGCGAACAACGUUUUCUCUCUCUCUCUCUCCCCUCUCAUAGCUACGUGCAGUCACCGACGGUAUAAAUUAUCCAUUGUAUUUAAUUGCAAGAGUACAAAUUAUCGUUGAUUCGCAUAGAAUCGCAUUAAUCAUUGUAUAAUUCGCCUACAUUUUACGACCAAAAUAUGUAUCCCAUUUGUAAAAAGUUUUGAGUCGUUUUUUACGAGUAAUAAAAAACUGUCAACGUUG